GUGUAUACGAGGUAAAAUCCGGCUCGUUAUCCCCUAAAAACCUAACCAAUCAAGUGACGAAAACAGAUACCGUUCGCUACGCUACGUCGUUCGCUGCUACUUUAUGGAUGGUGGGAAUAGGCCGCACAUUGCGUACUCCGGAGUAACCACAAGAGUUGGCAUACACAUGGUUUCAUACUUGGCAUGCAUACGAAGUACUUUGAAGCACUACCAGUUCAGGGGUGCCGCGCUUAGGGUUGCGUGUGCGCUGCUUGCCGGGCUUGCCGCGGGCAUCUUCCCGUGCCUGGUAUCGUCCCGUGCCGGUACCGAAGGGGCUUGGCAUGUUUCUGACAUGUUCCUCCGCGGUCGGUCCGCAGUCGGCAGCCAUGAACAGGAAUACUGCCAUGGAUACGGUGUCGGGAGGUUCUCAGAUGUUCCGAGGCUAUUCGAUGUUCUACCGUGCGGCGACGUGGAGGUCGAUUUCCGCUCGAUUUCCGUCGUCCGUAACCGGUCGCCCAGGUGGUCUAGUUGGUAA